AUGGAAAAAGGACCAGCCCGUAGCUUUAUUUGGCUGAUUUUACGUUUCAAUUUGCUUCUCAGAGUCGCCGGAAACUUGGAAGGUGAUGCUUUGACUGAACUGAGAAAGAGUUUAUUUGCUGAUCCUAAUAAUGUACUUCAAAACUGGGAUUCAACUCUUGCUACUCCAUUCUUUUGGGAAAUCUUCUUACUGCUUGAUGUUUUGCUCAACGCUCUUGGGAAUGCAAAUCUAUCUGGACAACUUGUACCACAGCUUGGUCAGCUUCCAAACUUGCAGUACUUGGAGGUUUUUAGCAAUAACAUUAUUGGAGCAAUACCUGAGGAGCUUGGAAACUUGAGGGAACUGUUGAGCUUAGAUCUUUCCUUCAACAACAUAAGCGGUCCAAUCCCUUCAUCGCUUGGCAAACUACAGAAACUCCGGUUCUUGCAUCUUAAUAACAACAACUUAUCUGGAGAAAUUCCAAUGUCUUUGACUGCUGUGUCGUCGCUGCAAGUACUGGAUCUCUCAAACAAUCAGCUCACUGGAGAUGUUCCUGUUAAUGGUUCCUUCUCGCUGUUCACUCCUACAAGUUUUGACAACAAUAAUAAUAAUAUAGUUCCUGAAUUUCCGCCUGCUCCUAUCUCUUCUACUACGCCACUAUCACCUUCAGGAAGACCAAUGACUGCAGCAAUAGCAGGGGGAGUCGCUGCAGGUGCAGCGGUUCUAUUUGCUGUUCCAGCCAUUGCGCUUGCUUGGUGGCUGACAAGACGACAAGACCACUUUUUCGAUGUACCUGCUGAAGAAGACCCAGAGAUUCACUUAGGACAACCCAGAAGGUUCUCCUUGGGUGAACUAUUAGUUGCUACAGAUAACUUUAGCACCAAAAAUGUGUUGGGUAGAGGUGGUUUUGGUAAAGUGUACAAAGGACGUUUAGCCGAUGGCUCUCUAGUAGCUGUGAAGAGGCUAAAAGAAGAACGUACC